AUGCAGGCCUGGUGGCCCUCAGACAUCUCUUCACCUAAUAUAUUUGCGAUAAUCUCAGAAGACUCUCUAUCAUCAACCAAGGUGCUACACGCAUACCUCUGCGAAGCUAUCACUUUGAGAAAUAGUAAUAGACUCAAAGAAAACGUCAAAGAAGUUUUGACCAACAUUUGUACCCAUGGAGUGUCAGUUUGUCUCAAGUUAACUUAUUUAAAUGCAUUUGUGCGGCUUAUUGAUGAAAAUGAUACCGGUGAUUUCGGAUACAACAUUGAGGUCAUUUUGCGUUGCUUACAGGUGGGACUUUACCAAGAAGCAACCCAAGUACGCGCCGCAUCUCUGCGAGCGGUAAGACACUUAUUAAAAAACGAACAACACGUCUUAACUUUCAACAAAAUUCACUAUCCAGUAUUUAUAGUUCGAAGUAUGGAUAUAAAUUUAAAAAAUGAAAUGGAGCGAAUUCAAGCGUUAAAACUAGUAAGAAGGAUAAUGCUGUUAGCGCCUCAACACAUAGUGCCUACAAUAGGAAGAUGCCUGGUGAGUCUAACCAACGGCGGCUACGAGGAAAAAGACCGUUUGUUCCACGCAUUUCUAGCUGUCCUCUGUGAAUUAGGAGUAUUAAAUACAAAUUUAUUUAUAAGCUGCGGAGGUGUCGGGGCAAUAACCAGAGCAGUGAUGACUGACCUCAGUCCCACAAUGAUCGAGUGUAUCGUCGGGAUUCUUUUAGGUCUAUUAUCGCACCCAGAAACAAGAUUCAGCGUUUCAUUAAUGUCCCUAGCCGCGCCUUACAGCGAAUUACACUCUCUAGCAAAGGACAAGACAAGAGACCACCGCGAAACAAGAUUCACAGCAAGUAAACACGCAUUGUUAAGUGUCCUGCGUUCCUACGCAGGAAUAAUCCACUUCUGUAAUCCGAAUGACAACGCCGGGUUGAAGGCAGUAAUAGACAUAAUGCACGUAGAGCAGCUUGAAGUGCGUGGCGCAGUCCUAGAAUUAUUCUACGAGCUCCUGGGUCUUCCUCUACCAAUGUGGACUGAUGAGCCAGAUGUCGCUCUAGCUGCAGUGGAUCCUUGCCGGCACCGCGAGAGCUGGAAACUCUCAGAAGGAUUUAUUGCCGCUGAAGGACGAUCAGUACUGCCGUCUCUCGCUUUGCGAUGUCCGAACAUCACCGAGCUCCAUUUAUCACUUCUCGUGUACGUUUUACUAGAAUGCAGACUGCCCUGUGCGCUAGUGGAGACAAUAGUCACAUCAGACACAUUCAUAUCUGUCCGAGCUGCGGUAUUACUUGGCGGGUUGUUGCACCUAUCUCACACUCUUCUUCCUCCCGAGAUCUGCUACCUCACUCCGCCUUUGCCCGGUCUUCUGGAGCACGCCAGUCGCGGGAACCACCAAGCUCUUGGAGCGCUGGUAAUCCUCAGCAGAAUGCACGUGAUGAUGCGCCGACAGCCGAUACCCUCAAGCUUGUUCCUCGACCGGUUUCGUCAGCCCGGCUCUUGGUUGCAAUCUUCAGUGCCUCUUCGCAGUCAGAUGGUGUCCAGCAAAACAAACUGGCUGAAAAGAUCCUCAUCCACCACACCUCUGCUAAAAGAAUCACACGUACUGAGCACUAAAGACGUCCACGGUUGGAAUUGGUCUGUUAUCUGUACAAUCCUUAGAUCGCGUGAAGAUUCAAUUCACAUUCCUCACGAUUCCGACCACAAAUUAUUUAUAAAACGGCUUGUAAAUUAUUUUAUCCCCUCGUCAAAUGGAUUCAGCCGGGUUGAAUUAAUGUCUAAUGCAAUUUUAGCCCGCAAUGCGACACUAGCUGGUUGUGAUUUAGUAAAUUGCCUCCUGGAGAUGCAAGAGCUAGAAGGUACUAGACUAUUAAACGAACUGAUUGAUGAUAUUGCUAAACAAAUAAGUGCAAUAAGCACCGCACCUAGUGCUCAUGAUUGUCUUUUUUCUCCUCGUCAUAUGACAACAACUUGUUGUCAAAAGUAUUUUUUAUUUCUCGGACAAUUGAGUCACUCUGCAAAAGGUACUGUUAUUCUUAAGAGUUUUAAUUUAUUGGAAAAACUUGAAACUUUGGCAAUAACAACCAACCACGACUGUUAUGUUAAGCUUAUUAUUUCAACGCUCGAUUACUCGAGAGAAGGACUUAAUCGUAAAGUAUUAAGUAAAAUAAUAUCAACUGCGUCACUUGAACAAACGCGAUUGUACGCGACACAAUUUUUGCGUCUUAUUCUCAGGGCUAAAAUGACUGAUGCAUGCCAAUGGGCCUUAGCUUUGCUGGUAGACCGGCUUGUUGAUGAGAGUAAAUUAAUAGCGUUAGCAGCGUUGGAGGCGAUGCACGAAAUUUGCGAAGAUCCAGAGUACCUGGAGGCUUUUUUUCAAUUGACGGUAAAUAGCCGUGCUUGGGACAAGUGGUUUGAGCAUUUAGGAGUUCGUGGCUACUUGCUCUUUAUUCGUCUCUACGCUUUGCCAGCUAGUUUUACCAAGCUUCCGUCUCACGUUGAGGAGCUGGAAAAGUGGACCAAGCCCGGUGGGUUUGCUGAGAAUUACGUCCAGCUUAUUGAUGGAGAAAUUCAUGAUUCGCUGACGCGCCGUCAGCGCGAUGAAAAUGGCAUUUACAUGCGAAGAUCUACCAAUAUGGUAUUGAUGCCUAGGGAUAUUUUCAUUCCUUCACAUUUGAUUGGUCAGCUGGUCCAGCAUGAGUCGGGUAUCCAGUUGAUCAUGCGAAGAAAUGUCCUCCAGCGAUUCGCGAGAAUUAUUCAAAGGUUCAGAACGGAUAUCAGCAAUGUUGAUACCGUGGAUUCGAAUUCUAAGGUGACUAAAAGCACUCCCAGGUGUGCAAUGGACGAUGCCCACUUUAUGUCGGAAGAAUCGGGGACUGAGGACAUCGCAGAGUCCACCAAUCGUCUUGAGACGAUCAUUGACUCGGAAGUUAUGGAGACCAGCGAGUGUCGAACGCCUCGCAAGGCGGAUUCCUUUGUAGAAAUGCGCAGGAAGUUGAGCAUGGAUGACUCUCAGCGGACGACACCUGAGAGGAGCUACUACCGAGAGGAUCCGGAGCAGUUCAUCAGCUUUGAUGAUAGAUUGCUGAAGGUCAAGUCGGCUCUCUGGGCUCUAGGUCAUGCUGGUACUUCCCCAGCUGGAGUGGAGCAGCUUCAGAAUUUGGGUAUUAUUGAAACGAUUACGUCUAUUGCUGAAUCUUGCAGUCAUUAUUCGGUCCGUGCGACAGCGUUUUAUACGCUGAGUCUUAUCAGUACAACCCGUAUUGGCGCGGAUGCGCUUACGGCGCUUCAUUGGCCGUGUGUCAGGUAUAGGAGAGGCGAUAAUUGGCCGGUUAUUCCUCAGAAUAAUCCUAAUACUAUACCGAGCCCGGUGCCGAUACAAAAGCACCAUCGUAGCUUGAGUGAUGGGAAACCUGAGCUUCCGGAUCUCACCAUUCGGAGGACGAGAAAUAGGUCUGAAAGCGCUGCUACGGAUAUUGAAAGCAAGCGCUAUGCUUUUCCGGCUGAUUUUAAAGAGAGAGGCGAGACACCUAGUCCAGUUUCGAGCAUUCAAAGACUGAGCCAGCAGGAUGCUGAAGGAUAUGCUAGACUUAGGAAUAAUAUGGUUAAUACAACUCCACCUCCACUGCCACCAGCACCACCACCCCAAGAGGAUCCUAAUGAUGUUAAUUAUAUGGGGAUAUGUCUUCCUAAAAAAUUGUCUAUAAUAUUUCCUCAUAUGCCUCGCUCGCAUUCGGUAAAUGUACCUGAUUAUGAAAGCAGUAAACUGAUAAAUAGCAGUUUUAGCAACUCUACUGAAGAAAAUAGUAGCGAGUAUAGCAUUGAUCAGGAGCAUCGUGAUAUAUGUUUGGCUUGUUAUCAACUUGAGACUGAUAAUAAUGAAGCGAUUAAUAAUGAAGCUGACGAUAAAAUAAAAAAGGAUAUAUUGAGACACUCUCAGCGUCUUUCUAAUCCUGUUUGGCAUCGAAAUAGCCGACAGACUCUGUUAAGAUUAAGACAACGCUACCCUGAGAAAUUUAAAGACACUUGUCUUUUUUUCGAAAUGGCUGCACGAUUAAGCAGCGGUACUUACAGAUUGCAAGCUCGUAGAUAUCUUCAGGAAUUGUUUCUUGAUGCACCGUUUGAUGUUCUUUACAAAGAGCCAAGAGAACUUUUGCAAGUGUCAGUGGGAACAGAAGAGAACCCAGUCCAAACUCCGGCAGUUGAACUGUCAACAGAUACAUUUACAUUAAGCGCUAGUCCUUUAAAGAGAAAAGUUAAUGGUAGGUUAACAAUACCCGAAGCUGAAUCAGAAACGUCUGUUGCUACGAGUUCGGAAUUAACCAGUGAAAUUCAGUCAGUAGAUGUUAAUUUAAAGUCAUCAAAGUCGCCGGCUCACGAUUCUGAUAAGCUCAGCGAUGAGAAGAUUAUCGCUGAGAUACUUAAACCAGCCGAAAGACUCAGAACCUCCAAGAGCUCUGAUAAAAUGUUAAAAGUAACCUCCAAAAACACUGCCGUAAGCCUUGAAUAG